ACCCGACCAGCCAAUCUGCCCUCGUCGUUCCCAUCUCCAGAGCGCCAUGGUUCCGCCCGAGAACAGCUAUACAGACCCGGCAUCUCCGGGCCGAGAUGAUGCCGACAGCGCCGAUAAUUUCGUGACCGACGACUUGCGGCCGGAGGAGGUCACUCCCGAGGACAUUGCACAGGGUCACGACAUCCAGGGCCUCAAAUGGUCCGAGAUCCAGCGGUCGCGGACCUACUACCGCGAUCAGCGUAUCGUGGAGUACAGGAACUACAAGAAUCUCGAUAUUCCAUACGACAGAGUCGAGGAGGAGAUUGCACGGGUCCGAACCGAUGGACAGUUCUACAAGUUUCGAUACACUCGGCUCAGCCAAGUCUGCACGAUCGUCCACUUUCAGCUGCGGAAUCUGAUUUGGGCCACAAGCAAAAACGACGUCUACUACAUCCACAACUCAAGCGUGCGGCAUUGGUGCCCACUCUCGAAGCGAGCGCGAUCAGUUCUGAAAGUACACAGCCACAUCCGAAUCAGCACCAUGUGCGCCAAGAUGAACUACUUAAUUGCUGGAGGAUACCAAGGAGAGUUUGUCCUUCGGAGUCUCAACGAAGGCUCCGCGGAGAAAUCAGGAGCUGUCUCGCCGAAUCGGUCCAAUGGCAUCACAAACCACAUUGAUAUCGUCGAGAGCCGGAGUGGAGUCCACGAGGCCAUCAUCUCCAGCAACGACGAGUUUGGGCGUGUCAUGAACUUGGAUCGUGGGGAGAUUGUCCAGGCAUUUCGGUUCGAUUGGGCGCUCAAUUGCAGCGCACGCAGUCCGGAUCAGAAACGGCUCUGUGUUGUCGGUGACGUGAAAGACUCGCUCAUUGUUGACUCGCAGACCGGACAAACCCUGGAAACCCUGACUGGCCACAUCGACUACUCGUUUGCGUGUGCCUGGUCGCCAUGUGGCCGCUUUGUGGUCACCGGAAAUCAAGACUGCACAGCACGCCUCUACGACACCCGCAAUCUCCAGAGUACCCUUGCGACGUUUAGCGCCAAUCUGGGCGCCGUGCGCUCGCUGCGGUUCAGCGAUGACGGCCAGUUUCUGGCGAUGGCAGAGUCGGCCGACUUUGUGCAUCUGUUCGAUCUGCGCUCGCACUGUGCCGAGUCGGACUACCGGUCGCAGGUCAUUGACUUUUUCGGCGAAAUCGGAGGCGUGUGUUUCACGCCUGGCGAUGCUGAGGGGCUCUUCAUUGGCGUCGCUGCGCAACAGUCAGAGCCGGGAUCGAUCAUCGAGUUUGAACGACGGAGACCGUCCCUGCUCUCCUCCCUGUCAGACCUAUGAAACCACAUCCAUGACCACAUCCACGUUUACACAUUGCCAUCGACGUUGUCAUCGGCAUUUGUGCCCCCCAAGUCCGCUGCAAUUCCAGCUUCCCUUGACGCAGGAGCAGAGGCCAUUGGUGUCAUCAAGCUUCUGGCGAUGCGGAGCCGCCGCUGUCUUGUCGAGUCAAGUGUCAGUACACC